AUGGCGCCUCCAAGCACAUUCGCAUCCGCCGCUGCGGGCGGCAACACACCUACGACUCCGCGCACCGAUUCUGCCGGAGAAUGGGCUCGUCGAACGAACGGCGCAACCCAGACCUUCCGCCGUCCCUCUGUCGCUACUUCCAUGAUGAACUCCAAUGCUAGGGAAUCGACUACUGGCGCACAACCUGCAGUCUAUGUACCCCCGCAUCGCAAUGGCCCUGCCCACUCGGACACUCGCUAUUCCAAGAACCAACUUCUCGAUCUUUACCACAAGCAGAACGUAGAGGGCUCGCUAGAUGACUCUCUUUCUCCUUUGUUUGUCGCAGGAUGGGAACCAAACCAGACCAAUGGUGUCUCCUUGGGCGGAUGGGGCAGGAGGGACGAACAAGCCAAAGACCAUGUUCCUGGGCCGGAAGUCUGCUGGGAAAAGGAUGGCUCCACAGGGCCACUGGGUCUGGUUGAUAUGAACGAUGAAGAGAAGGAGCACUUUUCAUCCGUCAACUCGCCCCUGAAACCACCCACUACCGUGACCAAGGAUGCUGUCAAUCCACCCAACCGCAAGAUUUCCGUGUCGCAGAAUGUCAACAGUCCUGGAGCGUUUGGUGUUAGCUCGCCUGGCGGUGCUAGACCAGGUCCUCGACGCCGUGAGACGCAGGAGGCCUAUCCGUUCCCCUCGAGUUCGGCGCUCAACUCGCCUUCUAUUGUCAAGACUUCGCGUGUUGACUCCCGUCCCAACUCUCCCCCUCCUUCUUUGACUAGGAGAAGGACCGACUUCAAGGAUACGGGUGACUCGUCGGAUGAGAAGCCUUCUGUUGAUGUCACCGAUGCGGCUCGUCCUCCGUUCUCUGGCCUCAAACGUACUGUCACCGGCCCUCUGAACACGGCAGUCGGUGGUGGAUCAUCGCCAUGGUCUGCUACCCCACAGAGCGCUGGGUUCUCGCCGAUGGGAGCCUUUGGCAAUUUUGCCAUCAACUCUAACGCUACUGUGGGCACCCCGACUGCAGAUAAACGUCCUGGACUGGCUGGCGGCAGGGCUGAGAGCCGUUUCAAGGGACUCAUGGCUAAGGACAACGACGAUGGCAAGUCGUCACAAGCUAAUCCUGGAGGUUUGGAAUCAAUUCCUCACGAUGAGCAACACGAGCAGCAGGCCACUGGCAGUGCUGCUCUUGGUGGUGGUCAGGAUAUUUCUCCUCCCCGCAGCCGUGGUUUCGGCACGCCUAGCCGUCAGGACUCGCGUGAUGACUUUGGCCAUGGUGCUUUUGGCAUGACGUCGGAUCCUUUCCGUACCCUGUUGGGCCAGCAGCAAGCUCAGCAGCAACAACCCGCUGGCAACGAUGCGAUGAGUCCUUCUGACACCAACCCUUACCAUAGUCCCGAGCACGUGCCUGCUGACCUUGAAGAUGCCGAUGACGACGCAUCUGAUCUCCACAAUGCCCAUCUACCAAACUUGGGUGGCCUCAUGAAUGAUUCCAUGCCUUCUGGCGCUGGAGGUUUCCAUGGGCUUGGAAACCUAGGUCGCGUCCCAGCAGCUCCACCAAGCGAUCGUAGCCAGACAUCUAGCGUUGGCCCGAACAGAGGUUUCGGUGGAUUCUCUGGUCUCGGCGCCCUUCCUGGUCUCGGGGGUGCUUCCGCUUGGGGUGGCACUCAAGCGUCAAUUGGUACACCUAUUAGGGACAGGGCCGCUAUGGCUGGCAAUUUCGGUGACAACCCCUUCGGCUCGUCGGCCGACUUGGGUUCCCCCAGCCUUUCUGCUCUGAGCGGUCUGGGAGCGUUCGGCGCUCAGUCUGGUCAAAGCCGUGGUGGAAGUCGACUUGGCUCUCUCUUCCCGACCAGCGUACAGGACCAGCGUCCUGAGCAUGGUCGACAAGAUGAAGAUGAUGCUGGGUCUGGAGACUUUGCGAACCCGCCUCGCGACACGUCUAGUCCUUUCAGACGUACUGCCGAUGUUUCUGGUGCCUUCGGUGAUCAAGACCGCAACACCGAGACAUCUAACCAGGAGCCCAUCGGCCAACGCCCUGCUCAACCCUCUGCCUCCAUGCAGGCUCAGGCUGUUAGCAGCUCCGCAUCCAACCAACCACCUCCAGCCCAGCAGAAGACCAUGGUUAUGCCCGACCGUAUGAGGUGGAUCUACCGUGAUCCCCAGGGAGUCACUCAAGGUCCGUGGUCAGGCUUGGAGAUGCACGACUGGUACAAGGCCGGUUUCUUCUCCCCUGAGUUGCUUGUCAAGAAGUAUGAGGAUCCCGAAUAUGAGCCCUUGGCCCAGUUGAUCCGCAGAAUCGGCAACUCUCGCGAGCCAUUCCUGGUCCCUCAAAUCGGCAUCCCUCAUGGCAACCCUACUGUUCCACAGCCUCCGGCUAACUGGACCAACCCUCUGUCUUCAGGAGGAGCGCAGCCACCCUUCGCCAACAGCUUCCCCAGCUUUGGAACCACCUUGACUGCUGACCAGCAAAACGCGCUGGAACGCCGCAAACAAGAGGAACAGUACCUGAUGGCUCGCCAGAAGGAACAUCUCGCCCAGCAACAAUUCGCACAGCGCUUCCAGGCACAAACUGGUCAGCUGCUAUUCCCUCAGCUGCACCAUCAGUCUAGCGUGCAGAGCUUGCACAGCCAGCAAAGCUUCGGCAGUCUCAGUUCGCCUGCACCUCCAUUCCCCCCUGCCCCUCUCCAAAAUACCUUCGGUAGUACUGGCACAAGCGGCAGCUCUCAUGUUCCUGGCUUCUUCGACAACUCGUUCAGAACUGCUGGGCCUCUUGGCGGUCUUGGUGCUAUCGGUGCUGGUGUAGACGCGCUCGGCAACAUCAGAGAAGAGGACAUGUCAGGCAUGGUCAACAGACUGAACCUCGGACGACCAGCACAGGGCAACUUUGGUGGCAUCGGCCAGCCAUUCUCUCAAUCCGAGGAGCAACGCCGCAUUAAUACCAUGCUUGAUGAUCGCUCUCGCCUCGAGCAGCAGCAGGCACAACAUGAUGCUGCACACCGAUUCCAGCACGAUCAGCCUGCAAGAAACGAGCAGUUCGAGCAGUUCCAAAACUUGCAAGAGCAUGCCAGAGCUGAUCCAUUCGGCGUCGGUUCGGAAGGUGUUAUUGGCAAGCCUAUUGCUCCUCCAUCGGAGCAGCAACAAAACCAACAAGAGCAGGGCCGAGCUCAAUCUGCAGAACAGACUCAAUCGGAGUACGAUGCUCAAUAUGAGGAAGAGGCUCAAGCGCUUGCACAGCACGAGGAGGCUGCCGCUGCCGCCGCCGCCGCCGCUGCUGUUCAAACAAAGCAGGAGCCUUCUUUGACAGAACAAGUGCAGAAGGCUGCGUCUGUCAAGCAAUCCCCUGCCCCUGCUUCGUCUCCAUGGGCCAAGGUCGAUACUUCUCUGCCCCAACCCUUCCCUCCCGCACCUUCGCAAUCUCCUCUACCUGCUCCCGCUGCUCAGCGCAACAGAUCUCAUGUCGCCGAUGCACUUCACGCCGAGUCAAGAUCUCGCUCGCAGACUCCAUCAGCUGAGACUCCCAGCGCUUCGGUUGCUCCUUGGGCCAAGGAGCCUGCUGAGUCUUCCAGAGGACCUUCUCUCAAGGAAAUCCAGGAAGCCGAGGCUAAGGUGGCCGCUGAGGCCGAAGCACUUGCUGCUGAAGCUCGCCGCGUUGCCUUUGAGAAGGAGCUCGCCCAGGUCCAGCUGACCACUGCACCUGCACCCGGCCUCCCCUUGACUUCCAACUGGGCGAGCAGUGCUACUGCAUCACCCGCUACCGGUACUGCUCCUUCGCCCUGGGCCAAGGCCGCAAAGACAGUGGCCGCUCCUACUACUGCCAAGAGCAUGGCACAGAUUCAGAAGGAGGAGGAAGCUCGCAAGAAGCGUCUCGCAGCCGCCGCCGCAGCCACACAGGCUGCUGCAGCUAUUGGUGUUACUCCUGCUCAGCAAUCUGCUGGUGGCAAGAGAUAUGCUGAUCUCGCCAGCAAGGUGGCAUCGUCGCCUGCUCCUGCCAGCCCUGUGCCUGGCAUCGGAGGUGCUUGGACCACUGUCGGUGCUAGUGGCAAGGUCAAGACUCCUCUGCCUGCUCCCACUCCUGUCACCAACAGAGCAGUCAGCUCCACUGUGCUUCCUACUGUAGCAGCUGUCAAGAAGACCGUUCCGGCCAGAGCUACUAUUGGCCCUUCUGCCGUCAAUGCCAUUGACGAAUUCAAGAAGUGGGCUGUCAAUGAGCUCAAGCACGAUCUCAACAAGAGCGUGACAGCUGACGAAUUUGUCAACAACCUCCUCUCCUUCCCCUCCGAGCUCGAGAUCGUCACCGAAGCCGUGCACAGCGUCUCCCACACCAUCGACUCACGUCACUUUGCCGAGGAAUUCAUCCGCAGACGCAAGCUCGCUGACAAGGGCCUGGUGGAUACCACCAAGCCUGCUAGUCCUGCAGCAGCAGCAUCUCAAGCUGGAGGCUGGAGCGAGGUUGCAAAGAAGAAUGCUGCAGUCCCUAAGCAGGAACCCAAGGAUGACUUGAACAAUGGCAGUUUCAAGGUUGUGCCGAACAAGAAGAAGGGUGAAUGGUGGAAGAAGUAG